AUGUUAAGGGUCGCUUCUGUGCAAAAGGCUACUAUACAAUUACAUUUGCCAGUAUCCCGUUGGCGGAAAUUGCGGGAAGAUUACAAUAGAGCGACCCGAUUGGUUCGUUCCUUUGAUGAUGCAAUUAACAGUAUUGUGUUUACUUCAUUUGCAAGUAAUCUUUAUUUCGUAUGUCUACAACUUUACCACCUGCUCAAAUUUUUCAACGGAUACGAACUCUCUAUAUAUGUCACGUUUUCUUUGAUGUUCGUUCUCUCGCGAUCGUUGGCGGUUUCGCUCACCGCUGCUCAGGUGCAUUCCGCGUCCCUCGUGGCGGCUCCAUCGCUUUACAACGUUCCAUCUUCCUCGUAUAGUACCGAGGUUCAAAGGUUUCUUGAGCAAAUCCAUGGCGAUACCGUAGCGUUGACGGGUCUUAACUUUUUCUACAUAACUAAAGAGUUGGUUUUGUCUGUGGUUGGUACUAUCGUAACUUAUGAGCUCGUCUUGCUGCAGUUCAAUCAAUAA